AUGCUGUCAAUACCUGUUCUUAUGGCCUUUUAUCACGUUACGGCGACUGAGGACUGGACGUGUAUUAAUGUAGUGGAAUAUUAUCGUACGAAAGUAGAACAAAAAGAUUUCAAACAAGUGCUGGAUCGCGUAAGAAAAGACCUUCAAGAGGUUGCAGAUUUUAAUUCCGAAUUUGACACGACGCUGCAAGCUGGGACUGCUAGUCUACGGGGACGAGCUCUUGGCUCCUCUUCUAUUUUACAUUUUUAUCGAAAAUGUUUUCAAGUUUUAUUUAACUGUAUUUUUUUUCGUCAAGGAAUGGGUUACGUCAAUGAAGAACCUGAAAAAGAUUUGCGCGUUAAUAUUCAGGUAGAACAACAAAUACUUGCAACAGAUUCCGCGAAUCAGACCAUCCACACUGUCAACAGUCGUUGUGGAGAAAAAAUGCAAAGUGCUUCAACUCAG